AUGGCCGGACCAUUGAAAAGGACAACCAAUCUAACUGGAUUGGCGGUUGCAACAAAUCCUCGUCAGACGUUAAUAUCACUCUAUAACAAGGUUUUGACCGCUGUCAGUCAAUUGCCACAGGAAGCUGGCUAUAGAAGACAUACCGAAGAAUUAACCAAGAACCGCUUACAGAUUGUUGAAUCGGAAACAAAUACGGAAAUGAUUGAAAAAAAAAUUAACAGUGGUCAAGUGGAGGAGCUCAUCGUCCAGGCUGAAAGAGAACUCACACUAGUAGAACAGAUGAAAAGUUGGCAACCUUGGCAGCCGUUAGCCGAAGAAGCGCCGUUAAAUCAAUGGAAAUGGCCAUAA